AUGCUAUGUGAGAGGGUAUUGUCUAUACUCUUAGCAGUAACGAAUUCGAUAGACUUAUGCAGUCCACAAAUUCUCUCCGGUUUGGAGAAUGAGGAAACUAUUCUCUUGGUAAAACAGGCAGAGGACGGAACAUCAAUGGAGACUUUUCUCUCGGACAACCAUUACAGUUCUCCUCUAAACACCAGAAAUAUCAGUGAGCUGUUGAAGAAAAACUACAAAAGCAUGUUACUGAAGGAGGUUUACCGGAAUCCUCCCGACACUAUCACUUUGAGGUUUUUAAAUCUGUAUGGAGAUGUGCUGCUCUGGAUAAAGUUUGAGAAUCCAACGUUGCUGCCCGGAUUUCGUUUUACAAGCAACCAUUUUACUUCUUCGCACAACAUCAAUCAACUGAGUAACGAAAUGCUUCAUAGUUCUUUUUAUUGGAAACAAGUAAAAGACAGGCGUGGUAUCUGGUUUGCCAUUUUUGAGGGAUUUGACUUAAAGACCAAAGCAGAAUAUCCCAAGUUCUUGUUCUCUCAAAGCAGAACUACACCCUACAAAUUGGUGACAGAUCCCUUCAUCUAUUCAGAAUGCUACAACAUUACAGAGAAUGUGCCUUCCAACAAGAAUGUGUCUUUGCAAAACUGUCAUUUACAAUGUCAGAGCAAAAAUAUUUUACAUAUGGCAAUUGGGCUCAACUCUGCGUGUCAUUGCGGACAAUUCCACAGAUACAGAUUGGUGCCCCGUGACCUUUGCCCCCCGUGUCGUGACUUUCCAGAUCUAAGAUGUCCAACCAAACAACACAUCUUUGCUGGUUAUUUUUUACAAGACACAGAUGUUGAAGCUAGCAUUGCUCAUAAUUAUAAAUACCAUGAACACAUGAUCACAGUCAGUCAACAAGCGAAAAUUUUAACGGUAGCAGACUUAAAACCUGACCCCCAGAUUCCCGUCCCACCGCUUUAUAUAAUCCAAAGAAUUCUCCUGGUGACUCCUACAUGCAACAUGACCAAAUUAAAACUUGAUUACAGUCCAUGGCCAAAUUGUGCACACUUCCGAGAAAUCACGGAAUUCAGUGACCACAGCGAUAUCUUACCGAUAUACUGCCUACGAUUAUCCCAUACCUGUGCCAUACCUUUCACAGUGAACAUAUCGAUUCCUAUCGUCACAGGAGGAAAUUACAUCAGUGCCCAAAGAAUGCUCAUCACUGGGAGGUGGAACCCAGCAAUGGACACAACCAUCGAUAGGAAUAGCAUCCAGAAGUCCUCCACUAACAGCGCUAUUAAGUUAAUCAACGGAACAACGACUAACGCACCUUCACUGUCAACAGUCACUGAUCUUCUGACAAAAAUAGUGACAGGAUCAUUAACAUCAACAAAGAAUGAAUUUACUUCACAAAAUCCUAAUGUUUUAUUAAACAGAACAUCUGCUGCUAAAAAUGGCACCCACAAUGCAUCAUCUUUUACUAAAAUAGUUACCCACAAUGCACCUAUGGCUGCUAAGACUGUUUCUCAUAAUGCAUCAUACGUUGGAACCAGAACGCUUGCAACAUCCAAUAUUUUUCAAUCUAUUUCAGGGAAAAAUUUUAAAAAUACAAGGUCUUCACCAACUAAAACAUUCCCUGUUACCCCUUCAAUUGUCAGGAUUCAGAUAGUAAAUAGUAGUUUGUCAACACACGGGAAGCAAAACUGGUCAAAUCAGACUCAAAACAUCAAAAUAAAGGCAGUUUGUGUUGACAGAAGGACUUAUAUGUCUGUUAACUGCAAACCAUGCAUCCUUUAUAAUGUUAACAGAUCUGCACAUGUGACAGUAGACAUAGACGAUUUAUUGAAUAAAAUCAGGGACAAAUUAUUAUUACCCAAGAAAAAUUUAACUUCGUACACGAGGCGCCUUCGGAGCGCAGAAGACAACCGUCAGAGUGCAGCUGGUAUGGGUUACGUUGGAAUGACUGUUAUUGUAUGCUGUGUAUUGUGGAUAAUGUCGACAGAUAUUGUAAAUAUAGUGACUUUUAUUGUAUGGUUGAUAAGGAAACAUUGUGAAACAGAUGCUGUUUUAGUUAGGCUUGAUUAA